GAGAGAGAGACUUCGGGGUGGUACCCGGUUCAAGUGGUGAUGCUCCGGAGGAGAGUCUUUGCGCGUCUCACGCACUCUGUGUUGCCAGAUUGGGGGAUUCCCUUUCCUUAUAGGAAGCCAUACACGCUCGUGUAGCUCAGCAGACACACUUCGAUGCACUUUGGACCGGUUUAUACAGAACUAUUAUUUUUGUAAUAUUAUUAUUUUUUUGUUGUUGUUCAGCGAACACAAUCUGGCAACCCGCGUUUUGGAUGGUGCGCAGCGGAGAGACAUGGACUCCGGAGUGCGGCGUGAAACGCACAACUAACGUGGAAGGGUGGAAGUAAGCUGGGCUGGAACCCCAGUCAUCGUGUGUGUGUGUGUGUGUGUGUGUGUGUGAGGCUCGGCCCGGCGGUGCGCCAUGGUGGAGCUGGAGAAGGAGGUGCUGCCGCUGCCGCCGCGCUACCGAUUCAGAGACCUGUUGCUCGGAGACUGGCAGACUGACGACAGAGUCCAGGUAGAGUUCUACGUCAACGAGAACACCUUUAAAGAACGCCUGAAGCUCUUCUUCAUCAAAAACCAGCGAUCCAGUCUGAGAGUUCGCCUCUUCAACUUCUUCUUGAAGGUGCUGAGCUGCCUGCUAUACAUCGUCCGAGUGCUCCUGGAUGAUCCACGUGAGCAGAGGGACUGCCCUGGAUGUCUCAGACAGAAUGCAUCUGCACAAAAUAAAAGCCACUUUGACUGGUCCCUCAUUAUCUGGGUGAACAGACCUCUGCCACUUUGGGCGCUUCAGGUUCUCGUGGCUUUCAUCAGCUUUUCAGAAACCAUGUUGCUUGUGUACCUGAGCUACAAGGGCAACGUGUGGGAGCAAGUGUUGCGUGUCCCGUUCAUCCUGGAGAUGAUCAGUGCCGUCCCUUUCGUCAUCACUGUGAUUUUACCUUCGGUCCGAAACCUGUUCAUCCCCGUCUUUCUAAACUGCUGGCUGGCUAAACACGCCCUGGAAAACAUGAUUAAUGACCUUCACAGAGCCAUUCAGCGUACUCACUCAGCCAUGUUCAACCAGGUGCUCAUUCUCAUCAGCACCCUCCUCUGCCUCAUCUUCACCUGUAUCUGUGGGAUUCAGCACCUGGAGCGAGCAGGGAAUAAUCUGACGCUCUUCGACUCGUUGUAUUUCUGUGUGGUCACCUUCUCCACUGUGGGCUUCGGGGACGUCACGCCUCAGAUCUGGCCCUCGCAGCUCCUCGUGGUCAUCAUGAUCUGCGUCGCGCUCAUCGUGCUGCCCAUCCAGUUUGAGCAGCUGGCUUUCUUGUGGAUGGAGAGACAGAAGUCUGGUGGAAACUACAGCCGCUACAGAGCACAGACCGAGAAACACGUUGUGCUCUGUGUCAGCUGUCUGAAGAUAGACCUCCUCAUGGAUUUCCUCAACGAGUUCUUUGCGCACCCCAGACUGCAGGACUACUACGUGGUGAUCCUGUGUCCGACGGAGAUCGACGUCCAGGUUCGGCGGGUUCUACACAUCCCACUCUGGGCUCAGAGGGUCAUCUACCUGCAGGGCUCAGCACUUAAAGACCAGGACCUGAUGAGGGCUAAAAUGGAUGAUGCCGAGGCCUGUUUUAUCCUGAGUAACCGGUUUGAAGUGGAUCGCCUUGCUGCUGAUCAUCAGACUAUCCUCAGAGCUUGGGCGGUGAAAGAUUUUGCCCCCAACUGUCCUCUAUAUGUCCAGAUCCUCAAACCUGAGAACAAGUUCCACGUCAAAUUUGCAGAUCAUGUGGUGUGUGAAGAAGAGUUUAAAUAUGCCAUGCUCGCCCUCAACUGCGUGUGUCCAGGAACAUCUACUCUGAUUACCUUACUGAUCCAUUCCUCCAGAGGACAAACAGCGCCUUCAGAAAGCUUCAGGCAGCGUGGAGGAGCCUUUCAGCCCCUGAACAGGGAAGGAGGAGGACACUCAGCCGACCAAUGGCAGCGCACUUACCGCCGCUGCUCAGCCAAUGAGGUGCACCACAUCCGGCUGGAGGAAAGCAAGUUCUUCGGGGAAUACCAGGGCAAGAGCUUCACAUUCGCCUCAUUCCAUGCACACAAGAAAUAUGGUGUGUGCCUUAUUGCCGUGCGGAGACUGGACACGGCCAACAUCCUGCUGAACCCCGGGCCGUGCCACAUCAUGGGCGCUUCAGACACAUGCUUCUACAUUAACAUCUCCAAAGAGGAGAAUUCGGCCUUCGUCCGGGGCCACAGAGAACCCAACAGGGGCUCCGGGGACAGCUCGAGAGGUGUCCCGCAAAGCAUCUACCAUGGACUUACACGACUGCCCGUCCACAGCAUCAUUGCCAGCAUGGGCACGGUGGCCAUAGACCUGCACGACUCGAGCGACAGCAGCCCAGAGGGCUCUGGCGCAGGGGGCGUGGCUCUGAGCACAGGCAGGAGUGCACGUGGCGGAUCUCGCGUGGAAGCGGGUUGUGGCAACACAUUGGCUCCGCCCUCUAUGGGUGAAUCAGGUGAGGACAGGAGGCACAGCAUUGCUCCAGUGCUGGAACUUGUGGAUGGUGUCCAUGGCCCUGCCUUCGACCUGCUGGGGGACCAGUCGGAGGAUGAGGGAGGAGAAGAUGGUAAAGAAGAAGAGGAGGAGGAGGAAGAGGAAGUGGCAGGACAAGGAGAGCACAAGGGUCAAUGGUGGGGAGCGCAUGGCGAGUGGGUAAAGGGGUACCCAUUGAACUCCCCAUACAUUGGAAGUUCUCCUGCUCUUUGCCACCUCCUGCAGGAGAAAAUGCCGUUUUGCUGCCUUCGUCUUGAUAAGGCGUGCCCUCACAUGCCCUACGAGGACGCUCGUUCGUACGGCUUCAAGAACAAGCUGAUCAUCGUGUCGGCGGAAAGCGCCGGGAACGGCCUCUACAAUUUCAUAGUGCCUCUGCGAGCGUAUUACAGACCCAGGAAGGAACUGAACCCCAUCGUCCUCCUGCUGGAGAGCAUACCUGAAGCAGACUUCCUUGAGGCUAUCUGCUGGUUCCCCAUGGUUUUCUACAUUGUGGGCUCUAUUGACAAUCUGGACAGCCUAUUGCGCUGUGGCGUGACGUUCGCUGACACAAUGGUGGUGGUGGAUAAGGAGAGCUCGAUGAUCGCUGAGGAGGACUACAUGGCCGACGCUAAAACUAUCGUGAAUGUACAGACGCUCUUCAGGCUUUUCCCAGCUCUCAGUAUUAUCACAGAGCUCACACACCCAGCCAACAUGCGCUUCAUGCAGUUCCGAGUGAAAGACCAUUACUCAUUCGCUCUUUCCAAACUGGAGAAGAAGGAGCGAGAACGUGGCUCCAACCUGGUGUUCAUGUUCCGUUUGCCCUUCGCUGCGGGGAAGGUGUUCAGUGUCAGCAUGCUGGACACACUGCUGUAUCAGUCCUUUGUGAAGGACUACAUGAUCUCUAUCACCAGAUUGCUCUUGGGACUGGACUCUAUGCCUGGCUCAGGCUUCCUGUGUGCAAUGAAAAUCACAGAGGAGGACUUGUGGAUCCGCACCUAUGGCCGGCUGUACCAGAAGCUCUGCUCCUCCACAGGGGACAUUCCCAUCGGCAUCUACCGCACAGAGGCUCAUAAACUCCCUGUGUCUGAGUCUCAGGUGUCCAUCACAGUGGAGGACUACGAGGACACUCGGGAGCUGCGAGAGCCUCUGCUGUGUCGCUCUGGUCCUCAUCGUAAUUCCACCUCGUCUGAGCCUCCCUCCUCGUCGUCCUCGUCCUCCCAUGCCUCGGAUCACCCACUGCUGAGGAGGAAAAGUAUGCAGUGGGCGCGGAGGCUGAGCCGGAAGAGCGGGCGUGGGUCGAGCAGUGCCAAGGGGACGGGCAGCGCCGCUGAGAGGAUCACGCAGCAGAGACUCAAUCUGUUCCGUCGCUCCGAGAGGCAGGAGCUCAACGCGCUGGUCCGCACUCGCAUGAAGCAUCUCGGCCUCUCACCGUCUGGCUUCAAUGGAAUGACUGACCAGGGAAACAGACUCUCCUACAUCCUCAUCAACCCGUCCCCUGACAUACGACUCGAACUGCAUGAUGUCGUGUAUCUGAUCAGACCUGAUCCUCUGUCCCUGGUGCCUAACCAAGGAAGCGGGCGGAAACCCAGUGCCGGCAAACCGGACCAGGAUCGGCACCGGUUCAAUACGCAGGACAGCACACACCUCUGAUCACACACCAGCAUGAAUACACAGAGGCCUGGAAAUUGUGUUUGCGUGAGUGCGAAUGUGAGAAAAAGAGAAAGACAGGAAGAGAGAAAGAAAGAAGAGACCGGAGUAGACUGGACUGUGAACUGGAACUGAUACUAAUCAGUUGCCUCUUUUUUACCCAGAUGAGCGUCGAAUGCAUAAACUAGUUCCACUUUUAUUUACGCAUCCAAAUUUAUUCGGUUCGUUUAUUUAUUUUUUGUAUUUUUUCCCUCCGUUCUUUUUGACGUGAUGGAAGCCAAGGCCACGUAAAUGCAUUAAAACGCGAGUCCAUACUUUGUAUUAGUCUCUGUGCAUGUGAAUGUAUGUUUGAUAGCAAACACUGCCAAUCUAUUCUGGACUGCCAAAGGAACCACGUUGCCAAAUGACCGGAAGAAAAAUCCUCCAUCGUUGUCCCAUGAGAAACCCAUCAUUUCUCUUAUCUGCUCCAUGAUCCAUCUCUGAGCGUUCGUUUUCAUUUUCAUUUAAAUACGGUUUGACUUUUUCAGCUACCUGUGGCAUUUCAACAAGUGCCAACAGCACAGCAGCCAAACAGGAGCUUAUCAAACUGGCACAGGCCCAAAUAAGAACUUUAUUUCACUCUCCAUCUGUUUCGUCCUGCUCCAACGAGACUGUUCAAACUUAUGUCUUUAAUGAAUUAGUUUUUUUUAAUACUUGCAAUCUUUUCUGUGCAAGCAGUCAUCACAGUGUUGCGAUUAUAGCCAUGAUAAGGGUUGUGUAAUGGCUCUUUAUUUAGCUUUAUGACUCUGUUGCUUGAUCUAUCGUUUUCGUCCUCUGUCACUCGAGUGUGUUGUUGUUGGCAUGCACAGAGAGGAGCCUGCAUGCCAGAUUUGUCAUAUACCCUGACCGCUUUGUGCUCCUGCUGGCAUCAGGUUAUGGUUGCCUUUAAUUCGGUGUCACACACACACACACACACACACACACACACACACACACACACACACACACACA